AGUGAAAGUGAAAGUCCAGUUCAGUCCUGGAGUCAGUGGACGGUCAGCAGCAGCAGAGUGACGACUGGCUGUGAACUGAUGUCCUCCAUGUGUUUCUGAAGUGAAGCUCAGUAAAGAGACUUUGUGCUUGUUGUAGCUGUGACAGGAAGAUGAAGAUGUUUGUGGUGUUUGUGAUCCUCGUGCACGUUUCCCAGCAUGCCUCAGCUGUGGAGGUGUAUGAGGGGGACCAGUUUGUCCUGCUGCCCUGUGAGUCUCAGACUUUUGAACUGGACGAGCCCUCAGUGGUGUGGAGCCGCUACGAUCUCAAUCCUUCAACCGUCCACCAGCGUCAGCAGGAAGGUGACGAACUUAAAGACCAAAACCAGCUUUACAGCAGCCGAACAUCCAUGAAGACUGACGCUCUGGAAACUGGAGACCUCAGCCUCCAUCUGACAAAACUCCACCUCUCUGACAGCGGCUCCUACACCUGCACCGUCAGAGGAUUCAGAAGGGGGAGACAGAGAGAACUGAGAGUAACGGACGUACAGCUGCAGGUCAAAGAACGAUUCCCAUCCUGGGCCAAAGCUCUCCUGGUUCUCCUGGUUCUUGGACUUCUUGUUGGAGCUCUUUUAGUACAUUUUAGGCAGUAUUUCAUGUCAGUUUACCAGGUGAAGGUGGAUUCAGGGGCGGAGUCUGUCCAGCUGCCCUGCAAAACCAUAGUUCACCUGCCCAAAGACGCUAAAGUCGAGUGGAGAGACGGAGGUGACUGGAAGGUCCAUGUGUAUCAGAACGGUUCUGACCAGCCUGAAGAACAGGACGAUGUUUACAAAAACCGAACAGAGAUGAAGAGAAACCUGCUGAAAACUAGAGACCUCAGUCUGACCCUGAAAUACCCCACAAACAAAGACAAAGUCCCCUUCACCUGCACCGUCUAUAGGGAGGGACACGUCCUGAUGGAGAAACAAGUGGUGCUGAAGGUCAAAGACUGUCAGGUGGAGGUGGAGGAGGGGGCGGAGUCUGUCCAGCUGCCCUUCAGAACUACACCUGACCUGCCUGAGGACGCUACAGUGGAGUGGAAACACUAUGAACCUGAACCCCCAAUGACAGUCCACCUGUAUGAGAACAGAUCUGACCAGCCUGACAAACAGCACCAGGAUUACAAAGACCGAACAGAGAUGAAGAAAGACCUGCUGAAGACUGGAGACCUCAGUCUGACCCUGAAACACCCCAAAGAGACAGACACAGGAAAAUACUGGUGUGGAGUCUACAGCAAGGAUGGAGUCAUCCUGAGACAGAAAAGAAUGAAGCUCAACGUCAAAGGGAACAUCAGGAACAGAAGCAGCUCCACUGAUCCGACUCCUCUGAUGGCUGAUCAAUCUGUUUGAUCGGUCUGUUGGUCAAUCUUUGAUUAUUGAUCUGAUGAGACUUUGGAUCAGAGACUAAAUGGAGGUGAAGGAGCUGAUGGAGGACGGAUGAAGACAGGAGGUCUCCACUCUGUGACCGCAGCAUGAAAAUGGAUCUAAAGCUGUGAGGAUGAUUCAUGAGGCAACGUCACUUUGGUUACAGCGCCCCAUGUGGCUCAACUUAUUUCUACAUGUGUGAUGACAGAGUACAGUUUGAUGUGUCUCACAUUUAUAACUGGAACAACAGGAGUCUGGUUCAUCUUUAUUAGAUAUCAUUCCCUGAAUGAUGUUUUUCAUCCUUAAACAGAAUCAAGACUGAAGAAUGAAACAACACGUCUGACUUUGGAUAAAAUGGCGUAUUUCUGGGGGCGCUAAUGAGCCGCAAUGGAGUAAGUCGCACUUUUGUGAGCUCCCACAGAAUCUCAACUACAAACAUAUAUUACUUGACAUCUACGCUCGAAAAUACAAAUUAAACGUGGUAACUGUAUCAUCAACACUACCCGGAAAAGUCAAUGAAAAAGAACUGACGCUAAUGGCAGCAAAUCUCCGAAAAUACAACUACGAAGCUCGGCCCAACACAAGGCCCCAAACCUCCUCAGCUAAAAGUCCAGAUAAAGCCGACCUGACCCCACCUGUACCUGGAAUAAGUACAAGCAUGAGCACCGCAACAAUCAAAGCGGACAUCCUCUCCUCAUUGAGAAAAGAAAUAUCGUCAGUUAUCAGAGAAGAGUUGAAGAGCGCGCUGGCAAAGGAUUUUGAAUUGCUGAAGAAAGAAAUGAUUGACGUGAAAACCGAAAUAGCUAACAACACAGCAGCUAUCUGUACAGAGAUUGAGCAGACGCAAGCUAAUGUGAAGGCUGUCGAGGACAGAUUGUCAGCGUGGUCGGAUGAAGUCGUAUCGGUGCAAACUACAGUAGCAGACCUCAAGAAGCAAGUUGAAGAUUUAAAAGAAAAAUGUGAGGACAUGGAGGGCAGGAUGAGGAGGGGAAACAUUCGGAUCAUGGGAGUGACUGAAGAGCCCGGGUCAAGCUCUCCCACCGCGGUCUCCAAACUCCUCAAAGAAGUGCUACACCUGGACAGAGAGAUACUAAUCCAGCGCUCACACCGCAGCCUGAAACAGAGGAGGCCCGGAGACAAGCCCCGCGUGAUCAUCGCGAAGCUACACAACGAGGGAGAUGCCUUAGAUAUUCUGAGGAAGGCCAGAGACCGAGGCGGCCAACUUAAUUACAAGGGAAACCCGAUCGCUAUAUUCCCGGACUACACCGCCAAUGUCGCCAGAGCCCGAGCAGCGUUUACACCCUCCAGAAAGAUGCUUCAGGGGAAACCUGGGGUCCGCUAUUGUCUGCUGUAUCCGGCCAGGCUCCGCAUCUCCAACAACAACGAUGAGUGGGAGAUUGUGGAUGCUACUAUUGCAAUGGACUAUAUAAAGAAAAACAUCCUUCCAGCUGAUGGACCGGAGCAUUAAACAACAGUAUCCCCUUACUGUCAUCAGGUUUGAAAAUGGAAAAAAAAAGAGCUUGAUACGCUAAAUCCGUGACCUUUAUGGCAAUAUGACUAUGAAUAUGCAAUCUAUUAUGCAAGCUGGUUGAAUUGAGGGAUGAUGAGAUUUAUAAUGGUGAAUGGGUUGAUAGACGGGGUGGAAGUUUGUCUUAUGAAUAAAUAUGCUCCAAACGAG